CAGGUUCCUGACACAGUCAACACCCAGGGAACGAAGAGUAAGCGCCAUGUUGAAGCCACCGUUGCCACUCAGAUCCCUCUUAUUUCUCCAGCUGCCUCUGCUGGGGGUGGGGCUGAACCCAAAGUUCCUCACGCCCAGUGGGAAUGAAGACAUUGGUGGGAAACCUGGGACUGGAGGAGACUCCUUCCUGACUUCGACACCCGCUGGGACCCUCGAUGUUUCCACUCUGCCCCUCCCAGAGGUUCAGUGUUUUGUGUUCAAUGUGGAGUAUAUGAAUUGCACUUGGAACAGCAGCUCUGAGCCCCAGCCCAACAACCUGACUCUGCAUUAUGGGUACAGGAACUUUAAUGGUGAUGAUAAACUCCAGGAGUGUGGCCACUAUCUAUUCUCUGAAGGAAUCACUUCUGGCUGUUGGUUUGGAAAAAAGGAGAUCCGUCUCUAUGAAACAUUUGUUGUCCAGCUCCAGGACCCACGGGAACACAGGAAGCAGCCCAAACAGAUGCUAAAACUGCAGGAUCUGGUGAUCCCCUGGGCUCCAGAGAACCUGACACUUCGCAACCUGAGUGAAUUCCAGCUAGAACUGAGCUGGAGCAACAGAUACUUGGACCACUGUUUGGAGCACCUGGUGCAGUACCGGAGUGACCGGGACCAAAGCUGGACGGAACAAUCCGUGGACCACAGACAUAGCUUCUCUCUGCCUAGUGUGGAUGCACAGAAGCUCUACACGUUCCGUGUUCGGAGCCGUUAUAACCCACUUUGCGGAAGUGCUCAGCAUUGGAGUGACUGGAGCUACCCAAUUCACUGGGGCAGCAAUACUUCAAAAGAGAAUCUUGAGAAUCCAGAAAAUCCUUCGUUGUUUGCAUUGGAAGCUGUGCUGAUCCCUCUUGGCUCCAUGGGAUUGAUUGUGAGCCUCAUCUGUGUGUACUGCUGGCUGGAACGGACAAUGCCCCGAAUUCCUACCCUCAAGAACCUAGAGGAUCUGGUUACUGAAUACCAUGGAAACUUCUCGGCCUGGAGUGGUGUAUCUAAGGGAUUGGCGGAGAGUCUGCAGCCAGACUACAGUGAACGGCUCUGCCACGUCAGUGAGAUUCCCCCCAAAGGAGGGGAAGGGCCUGGGGGUUCCCCCUGCAGCCAGCACAGCCCCUACUGGGCUCCUCCAUGUUACACCCUGAAACCUGAGCCCUGAGGCCCUGACAAGAAUCCAGGGUCCUGGAGCCCUAAACUGUGCUAACUUGCCCUUGUCCAACCAACCUGGGUCCAAUGCUCACCUCGCCGCCUGUGGCUGAUUUUGAAUUUUGUUACCCCUAUCACUGCCCCCUCGUUAAUAUCUCCUACUUGAGAAUUGCCCCUUGGCCCCAUCCAUGUUUCUCAUCUCCCCCAGUCCAGCCCUUCCUCCUCACAGUAUUGCUUCUGCUGUCCCUCCCUCCCCCUUGCCAUCUACUCUUCAAUUGUUCCAGAAACCAAUGAGAAAUAAAAUUUCUGUUGAUAAUCAUCAA